AUGGGUUCUUUACCGCCUCCAAUCCAGCUCGAUGCGCUCAUUGUGGGAGCCGGUUUUGGUGGAGUCUACCAGUUGAAAAGACUACGUGAGGAAGGCUACAAGGUCAAGGUUGUUGACAGCGCUUCGAACUGGGGCGGUGUAUGGUACUGGAACCGAUACCCGGGCGCCCGUGUGGACUCGACGAUUCCUCACUACGAGUUUUCAGACCCUUUGCUCUGGAAGGACUGGCGCUGGAAGCAGCGGUUCCCCGGCAGCGCCGAACUUCGAGACUACUUCGCUUUUGUCGCAAAGAGAUGGGAUCUAGACAAAGACGCCAUAUUCAAUACCAUGGUGACGGCGGCUACCUGGAACGAAGAGACUGCCAAAUGGCACGUAACGACUUCGACAGGCCAAACUUUUGUUGCGAAGUACCUACUACUGAACACCGGGUUCUCAGCCAAGAGACAUGUCCCCGACUGGCCAGGCAUCGACAAAUUCCGCGGGACCUUUGUUCACCCUUCGUACUGGACUAAAGAGGAACCCGAGCUCAAGGGUAAGAAGAUCGCGGUCAUUGGCACCGGAUCGACCGGCGUCCAACUUGCGCAGGAAUUGAGCCAGGUGGCGUCAGACUUUGUGUUGUUCCAGCGAACACCAAACCUGGCACUGCCGAUGAAACAGGUCGAAUACACCGGCGACGAACAGACCAUCCCACACAAGGAGUAUCCGGACCUCUUCGCAGGACGGCCAAGGUGCUUCAGCGGGUUUUCGUUCGACUUCCUGCCACGGGCCACCUUUGACGACACGGCCGAGCAAAGAAGGCAGACGUACGAAGAGCUCUGGGCCAAGGGGGACUUCCACUUCUGGCUCGCGACUUACCACGACAUGCUCAUCGACGAAAAAGCCAACAAGGAAGCGUACGACUUCUGGAAAGCCAAAGUGCGCGCGCGCAUCCACGACGCGGACCUCCACGAGUCCCUCGCGCCGGAGAUGCAGCCGCACGCGUUCGGUUGCAAGCGCAUCUCGUUGGAGAACGGCUUCUACGAGAUCUUCAACCAGCCCAACGUCACACUGGUCGACAUGAGCCGCACACCGAUCGUCGAGUUCACUACCCGCGGCAUCCGCACCGCCGACAACAGGGAAUUCGAGUUCGACUACAUCGUCUGCGCCACGGGCUUCGACGCCAUCACCGGCGGCCUCAAACAAAUCGACAUCACCGGCACCUCUUCCGCCCGGAAACUCGCCCAGAAGUGGGAAACCGGAACAAGAACGUACCUGGGCCUCUGCGUCUCCGGAUUUCCAAACAUGUUCUUCACCUACGGACCCCAGGCCCCGACGGCGCUCUGCAACGGUCCCACCUGCGCAGAGGUCCAGGGCGACUGGAUCGUCCAGAUGGUCAAGGACAUGGACGCCGCCGGCUACUCCAGGAUCGAGGCCAACCCGGACGUGGAAGAGAAGUGGGCACAGGACGUCUGGGAGAUUGCCAACAAGACGCUGCUGCCCAAGACAAAGUCGUGGUAUAUGGGUGACAAUAUCCCCGGGAAGCCAAGGGAGCCGCUCAUCUAUCUUGGCGGCGUGGCAAAUUACUACAAGACCAUCAAUGAGUGUGCCCAGCAAGGUUACAAGGGGUUUACACGCGCAUAG